CAGUUGCUACAACACAUAUUUCAAUUGAGUCCCAGAAAGAACUGUCAAUCUGACGACUGAUGUGAAGAAUUUCAGGCAAUUUUGAGAUUUCGAAUUAAACUUUGGACGGCAGGAUGGACCACAAUGGUAGCCCAGAGCCGAUAGACUUCGACUUUUUCGAUGAAGGUCCAUCAACAAAACGCAGUUCAAGAUUAGAUCCUCCGGAUCCCAAACCCAACCGACCACAGAGCGGUAAGCGGAGUGGCAGUGCACGGGGAUACGACGGGGACUAUGACAGAGAGUCGGUGCGUAGCGUGGCAAGCAGCCGCAGCAGUGUGAGUGUUCGCAUUCCAACAGCAACUCCAACUCACGAUGAUGGUAAUGAAGCAGAUUAUUAUUCGGAUGACUUUGAUGAUAGUGAUAGAGAUGAACAUAAGGCAAAGAAUGGUAGUGAAUCAUUUCGUUUUAAAGACGAUAUUGAUGCCUUGAAUUCAAAAGGAAAUCGGCGAGAGAGAGAUGUUCGAAAUGGAAAGGCCACUUCAAAAACUGGUUCGAAAUCUCGUCCAAAAACCUCAGUCGGCAGAAGAAGAUCAUAUAGUUCAAGUUCAAAUGCAUCCACCGAAAGCUCAAGAUCAAGCUCUAGUUUUACUUCCGAGUCGAGUGAAAGAUCUGGCCACAGAGACAAUGACAGUGUGACGGAUGUUUCACCUUUGCAAAGUCCACCUAGUUCGCCUAUUCCCAAGCUUGAAUAUGAUGAACAAGAAAUGGAGAGGGAGUCAGAGAGAAUGAGAAGUGUUCACUUUGAAGGAGAUGAUGUAGACAGUUAUAGAGAUCCCAACGAAAGACAUGCGAAGCCGAAGGGCAGACCCAAAUCGUCAAAGCUGAGAGAUAGUCGCAAAGUGACUAAAACUCCUGGUUACUCUCAUUAUGAUGAGGAUCCUCGUGUGCGAGAAACAGAAGCAAAAGAACUGAGCAUGCUGCUACGAGCAGUCCUUGAAUUGGAUGAAACACCAAAGGAAUCUGAUUUGUCGAUGCUACACAAGAAUUUAAAGAGACCUGUUUCAGGGAAGAGAAAGAAUCGACCGCAGUCAGCUCCUAUGCCUCACCAGAGAAUGAACAUGUCAUUCAGUAAUGAUGAAGUGAGACGUAUUGAUAGAGAUAAUAGGAGACUCCUGGAGAAGAUCAUUGGGAAGUCCUCCGAGCCGCCCGCUGCUAACAGAGCAGGUCGAGUCGAUAGACCAAGCAGUGCUAAGCGCUAUACUCAGUCCACUGGCACUGGGAACCAAGAGAAACCAGUCAGCCAUUCAGCAGUUAGGAGGCAGAGAGACCAACGCAGGAUUGAAAUAGAAAACAUGCAAAUCUUGAAACGUAUUGAGGCAGCAAGGGCUACUCCUCAAGUGAAGAAGGAUGCACUAAUGAAAGAUUAUCAUCAGCAGAUGCAGUAUGCUACGCAGGUCUCUAAAACCCCUGGAGGACCUCCUAGAUCAAGACCAUCGAGUGCUAAGCGAUCGGGUAAAGCAUACAGCACCAGUGGGAUGAACAGGGCAUCAAGUAUGUCUAGUCUUGGUACAGAGUUCAGUGCAGACACCUUUACGUCAUCAAGUACUGGUCGCUCUCGACCCAGGAGUGCAAAAUGGUCAGGAUAUAAAGCUGGCAGACCUGCGUGGGAUGAUCGCUUCUACCUCGAUGAUUAAACGUAAAACGAUGUGAUGUGUUUCAUAUCAAAGUGUGAUCGUUUGAUUGGGAAUUUAGCCCCUGGUUGGAAUCAGCACCGCUUGAAUUUCAUUUGUGUGAUCUAGAGAAAACCUCAAUAAAACAGUCAUGGGAAUCUUUGCCCUGACAUAUAUGGCAAUUGCCCUCUGUGGCAUAUCCAGACUUUGUGUGAUCUAGAGGAAAAGCUAACCUCAAUGAUACAGUCAUGGGAAUCUUUGCCCCGACA